AGCUGCAGUGAAGGACGAAGAAAGCGGAAAAAUGUCCCCUUGCGGGCCUGGCAGUCCUUCGAUCCCGGUACCCAGGGCUGCGGCCCUGCUCCUCUUUCUGGGCGUGGAAAGAGCUCUGGCGCUACCCGAGGUAUGCAUCCAGUGUCCAGGGAAUGUGGGAAAUUUGUCAGAAGUCGCCCUUUAUUGUAAGCAGACACCAGAGCUAAUAUUGCUGGCUCGCUGCUGCCUGAAUCAAAAGGGCACCAUCCUCGGGCUGGAUCUCCAGAACUGUUCUCUGAAGGACCCUGGUCCAAACUUUCCUCAGGCACAUACUGCUAUCAUCAUAGACCUGCAAGCAAACCCCCUCAAGGAUGACUUGGCCAACACCUUCCAUGGCUUUACCCAGCUCCAGACUCUGAUACUGCCACAAGAUGUCAACUGUCCUGGAGAUACAAAUGCCUGGAAUACUGUCACGUAUUACACAAACAGGCGAACCUGCCAAGGGCAAAGGAACCUUUGCAAUAGCACCAGGGACACAGAAAUGUGUCCUGAGAAUGGAUCAUGUAUGCCUGAUGGUCCAGGUCUUUUUCAGUGUGUUUGUGCUGAUGGCUUCCAUGGCUACAAGUGUAUGCGCCAGGGCUCCUUCUCGCUGCUUAUGUUUUUCGGGAUUCUGGGAUCCACCACAUUAUCCAUCUCCAUCCUGCUUUGGGGCACCCAACGCCGAAAAGCCAAGGCUUCAUGAACCACGUAUAGGUCUUCCUACUGACCUAAAGGUCAUCCCCAUCUAUCGUAGCCCAGCCAGGGGGAUUUGCUUUCUCGACAGUUUAGCCAACAGAGCCUCCUCAAGGCUGAGACCGCCGUUGGAAGAUGGAAAAUUGCACAAUUUUGGAGUGUAACACUCCUGUUCAGGAGAGGACUAGUACCAGUUCCCAUUUGUGCUGUUAACCAUAAUAAACUUUUUUUUUUUUUAG